GGUCUCUCCGCAGUCACUACUACUACCAACUCCCAGCCUCCUGAUACGAUACACUCCUGUGUAGAAGCGCGAGCGUCUGAGAUCUGGCGCAUCUUGCGAUUCUAGAGUUUCUCCAGCUUAGCUGUUGUCCAUCCACAUACAUUUUAUUCCUCUGAGAGCUCCCGCUUUCGCAUCGAUCCUGUGAUCCCCCGAUCCCCCACGGGACCGCCUUGUUGCUCCCGAUGGAUCACCACGACGACUUCGACAAUGUUUCCUGGAGAAACGAUCCCCAAAGUGACCAGUCCCGACCGCCUACCUCCGGUACAGAUGUCGAUGAACCACAUAGAGCUGAUCGCGACAUCAAUGGCAAGCGAAGGAUGAGCUCGACCAGCGAUGAGCCCCAGGCUGGACCGCUCGCCGAUGCGGUCGACCUGGCAGGUAUCGGGGAUGGCGUGUUAGAGGUUACAGUGGACUCGCCGCUGAAGGAGAAUGAUGGGACGAAGGACGCAUAUAUUUCCUACCUGGUCACUACACAUACCGAUUUCAAGUCAUUCCAGAAGCCAGACUUUGCUGUCCGGAGGCGUUUUACAGACUUCUACUUCCUGUACAAGACCCUGUUUCGGGAAUAUCCCGCCUGCGCCGUCCCCCCGCUACCGGACAAGCAUAAGAUGGAGUAUGUGCGGGGAGACAGGUUCGGCCCAGACUUCACACAGCGGCGUGCGUGGUCGCUGCAUCGCUUUCUCAAGCGCCUGACGCUGCAUCCUGUACUUCGCCGGGCUCCGAUAUUGGUCAUAUUCUUAGAAUCGCCAGACUGGAACGCGCAUAUGCGAUUACGGUCGCAAAGAGCGUCCAGCACCUCCGACGGUACUGCCGCACCUGGCAUCUUUGACAAUUUCACCGAUACAUUCGUCAAUGCAUUUACGAAAGUGCACAAGCCAGACAAGCGGUUCAUCGAGGUGCGAGAGAAGGCAGACAAGCUUGAUGAGGAUCUCGGCCACGUCGAGAAGAUUGUGGCUAGGGUCGCCCGCCGCGAGGGAGACCUCGAAGCAGACUAUGCUGACCUGGCUACGCAAUUCCGGAAGUUGGUACCACUCGAGCCAAACGUGGAGGUGCCCCUACAGAUCUUUGCGGCAUCAGUCGAAGAGACGACACGCGGGUUGAAGAUGCUCAAGGAACACACAGACCAGAACUAUCUGGGAUCUCUACGUGACAUGGAAGCAUACAUCCUUUCUGUAAAGGGCCUUCUCAAGACACGCGAGCAGAAGCAACUUGACUUCGAGGCGCUGGUUGAAUACCGUAAUAAAGCGGUUGCUGAUCGUGAGGCCCUGGCCAACAACCCAUCCUCCUACUACGCCUCGAACCCGCUCACCUCAUCUCCAGCCUCUUUCAUCCGUUCCAAGAUGGAGGACAUGCGCGGCGUCGACCACGAACAGUCCCGUCGGGAACGGGUUCGGAAACUCGAACUUCGCAUCGACGAGCUCACGCGGGAAGUUGAAUCGUCAAAGACGACGUCCGAAAUGUUCGACGAAGAAGUCGUCCGUGAAGUAGCCGACUUUGAACGGAUCAAAGCCGUCGAGUUCCGUGAUACCCUUGGCGACUUUUCCGAGAAACACAUCGAUUUCUACCAAGGCGUCAUUAACACCUGGGAACGAUUCAUUGCAGAAAUGGAAGGCGAACUGGAAGGCGAGGAAGGACAUGACUACGGUUAUGGAAAUGGUUCGGAAUCCAGAGAGGGCGUUGGGACUGUGUAAUUUUCGGAAUGCUACGAGAAAGAAAGAAAGAAAGAAAGAAAUUCAAGCACGGGAUGUUCUGCGGUCGUUGGUUCCUGUCGGAAGUUUGUGA